AUGCGAGGAGCUUGGUAUAAAACUCUACAAUUUUCAGUUAGCUUCCCUCACUCUCAUAUCCUCAAGGUACAGAAACUUAAUAUCAAUUGCAGUCCUGGUGCAACCAACCAAUCCACCCUUGAUUCCGCACUUUCUCGCCUAGCGAAGGCUCUCAUAGCUGCCUUGGACGCCACAAAGACCGUAAUUCCAGUCUUAGAGACAACUUGUGGUCAUGGAACCACUAUUGGCGGGCCGCUCUCGCAUUUUCAGUCUCUUUUAGCGCUCAUUCCGGAAACUUACCAUCCGCGUUUGGGAAUAUGCCUUGAUACCUGCCAUACUUUCGCUGCUGGAUAUGACCUCCGUUCCCCAGAAUCCUGGAAUGAAUUCAUGGACGAGUUUGAUAAGACCGUUGGCCUAAAGUUCCUACGAGCACUGCACAUCAAUGACUCGAAAACGCCAUUGGGCAGUAAGCGGGAUUUGCAUGCCAACAUCGGGACAGGUUUCUUGGGUUUGAGGGCAUUUCAUAACGUGAUGAAUGAUAAACGACUGGAGGACUUGCCUAUGAUUUUGGAAACACCCAUUGACAGGCCUGCAGAAACAGUUGAGGCACAUCAGCAGGAGGAAGCUGUUGCAUCCGAGUGUGAGCACGACAACUUGGACGUAUCAGAAUCGGAAAGGCCAUCUGGCAAAAAGCGUACAACGACGUCAACGGCUUCGAAGACCAAAAAGGUUCGUACAACGACGAAAGCAAAAACCAAAACCAAACCAGCGAUGAUUGAAGAUAAAUCCGUUUGGGUUCGAGAAAUCAAACUUUUGGAAAGUCUGAUCGGGAUGGAUCCCGAAAGCCGGGAGUUCAAGUCCCUUGAAGCAGGUUUGGCUGAGCAGGGAAAAGAAGAGCGGGAAAAACAACAAGCGUUGUUCGAUAAGAAGAGAGAAAAGGAGCAGGCUAAAGAUGCAAAGCAGAAGGACAUUAGAGAUAUGCUAGAUGGGAAGGGAAAGAAGACCAAAGCUAGGGCUGCCUCGAAAAGGGGCAAGAAAAAGGAGAAAACCGAAUCAAGCGGUGAGGAAACUGCACUCAGCGAUGCGGAAUAUGAAAGCAAUUAA